GUCACAUGACGGUGGCGAGGAAGGACGAGGCUCACCUGUCGCCCUCCUGGAGUCAUUAGUGGGGAUGAGUCCAGGUACGGCCAUCCACAGAUGAGGGACAGGCCGGUGGACUGGGUAAUUAGUGUGCAGACAGGUGUAGUCCCACUGUGAGGACGGAACCGCAAUGCCACCUGACCAGCAAACCGUCCCUCCCUCAGGACUGUCGCCUCGUGCGUGACUUGUGCAUAAACAGAUCCAGGAAGGUGCAAGGGAGGCACUUGCGUGGAGGACUGACGCCAAGGUGUUGCUGUGUGUCUGUGGCGGGACGGUGGGAGGAGAGGAGAGGUAGUCAGUAGUAGAGAGACUGAGAGAGAGAGAUAAAUAAAGGUAAAACAAGAGAAAAAUAGAUAGAAAAAAUACAGAAUUAUACAAAAAUAGAUGCAAAGACAAAAAAAAAAGGAGGAAAAGAUAAAAUAUGGAGAUUCAUGCAAAGUUAUAAAAAAAAAAGGUAGAAAGCAGAGAUGAAAGAAAAAAAAGAUAACUACCAAGAAUGAAUGUAAUUUUUUAGUCUUACUUGAUACUGAAAGCCUCAAAAGAAUUAAUUAAAGAAAUAGACAACAACAAAAUAAAAAAGAAUGACUUUAAUGAAAUAAAAAAAAAUCUUAAACAAACACGAAAUAACGAAAAAAAAAAACGAAACAAAAAAAAUCACAAAAACACAAAAAGAGAAAGACGAAGGAAGAAAAAAGAAAGAAAAGAAAUGAAAGAAACACCGCAACACUACCAAUGACUUGAAGAAGGAAGAGAGAGAAAAAAAACAAAGAGAGAAGAGGAGAGAAGAGAGAAAACACCCAAGAGACGAGGUAGAAGAAAGAAAAUGGGGUGCAGCUCCAGUAAGGACCUCGUCACUCCUAUUGACAAUGGGGGACUUCAGAAAAACAACUUUGACAUUGACCUUAACGACCCUGAGGUGCAGAAGGCGGCGACCAAGAUCCAGGCCAGCUUCCGAGGCCAUAAGGUCAGGAAGGAAGUUAAGGGCCAGGUACACCCAUCGGAGCCCAACGCUGAGGAUGACGAGAUCGCUGCCAUUGACCUUACUGACCCAGGUCAUCCCGCGCACCUCUAGAUGGCGCUGUGUGUGUUGUGAGCUGGCGGACGCGGCGUUAAAGAUUCAGGCUGGCUUCCGGGGCGCUAAGGCAAGGAAGAACAUCAAGAAGGAGGAUGCCGAUCUCAACCAGAAGCUUGGUAACUUAAAUACGGAGGAGGAGGAAGUGGACAUUGAUUUGACGGACCCAGAACUGAAUAAAGCCGCCACGAAGAUCCAGGCGACUUUCAGGGGACACAAACAACGUGCUAACCCUUGAUUCCCUUAAAUGUAUCCCUUGUUUUGGCUGACGCCGCCACCACCAUCACCGCCACCACUACUAGAGCGAGAGAGAGUGAGAAUGGGAUAGGGUGGGACUAGUGUGUGUUAUCUAAAUUUAGCUUCAAUUUCAUAUCAUUAAGGACUAAUAGAGUGUCAGUGUCCGUGGUGGUGAGAAUGGUGGUGACUGCGUGUGUGGCAGCUUAGGAUGUGGUGGUGGUGGUAGUGGUGGUGGUGGUGGUGACAAUGGGUGUGAGCGCAGGAUACCUAAGUGAACUGGUGGAAGGAUUAAAAGGGUUAGGCAUGAGUGGAUAUUACUCGUCUCUUGGCUCGCUACCUCCACCAUCCCCCUCCACCCCCACCACCGCCACCACCGCCGCCACCGCCACCAGUCACUACAUCUUGCACUCCCCCCUUCCAUUAUUUUGUGGGGGGGUGAUAAAAGAAAAAAUUCCGUGCUCGUCAACUUAUAGUCUUUUCAAAACGUGAACAAAACAAUAUCAUAGUCCAUAACUUUUCUUGUGGCUUUCUUACAUGCAGUUUGCAAGAUUAAAAAUUAUAAAAAAAAUACGACAAAAAAUAUGAAUAUGUAUACUAAUUUAAAUCUCCCACAGUUACUCAGCUUCUAUCAGUGAGGUGACCGUUUUACUUGAUGUUCUUUUGUUUCCCCAUGCUAUGAAUGCUGGACUUUCCUCUUCAAUAUCAUAUCGUUUAUAUUCUACAGUUUUAAGUACUUAAACAAAUUAAACAGCGUAUGUACAACUUUAAGCUUGAAAUGCGUACGUCUAUUUAGAAAGGUUUCCUAGUUUAGCCAUAAGAGAGAACAGAUGUUAUAGAAGAACAGAAUGUUGUAAGGCAAGAAGGUCUACUUGAGUUAUCAGUGAAGUGGAUUAACAUUAUCAUCUUGACUUCUUUCUCUAAUCUCACGCCUGACUGACUAGUAAUGGACUACAUCAGAAAGCUCCAUCUGGUGAAAAACCUAAACAUUAUUCCAGUGUCUGGUAGAAUAAUGUUAUCUUGGCUUGAGUUUCUGUCUUGUUACCGCCACAGCCACACUUCUCUCCGCUCACUGUCGCCGCGAUAAGACAUAGAUCAAAAGAAGUACAUACUUAUCAAACGGGAUGGAAAAACAUUCUGUUAAAAUGUCUUGAGUAACAAUUAUUGCACUCAUCAUUAAUCAUCACAACAGCUUCAAGACAAAGAACUGUAAUCUGAAACACUUCUGCUCAGCGCCUCCACUAUGUUCAAAAAGCUCUAGUUGAAAUGACUUGGGUUCUUGGAAGUUUUUUUUUAUAGUUUUAAUGACAGAUGAACCAGAUGUUGACAUUAUUAACAGGAGAAACACUCUUGAGAACCCGGCUUAACAUUUAAAUGAUCUUUGAAAAUAGUAGCGGUACGAGAGCAGAGCGUUUCAGAAUACUGCCGAAGUGUCGCUAUACAGUUCGUGAGUCAGCGGUGUUUUCCCUUGUGAAUUGUGAUAUUUACUCUCGGAUAGGCGGGAAUGUUCUAGCGCUGGCUCGAAUCUCGCUUCUAAGGGUGAGGCAUUGGGGUCCCAACUCCCCACAAUGACCUAUCAUUUUUCCGGCCACCGUGAGGGCAGCCACGCCAGCUGUACUUGAGGUGAGCUGGGAGAGGUUGAGUUUGAUUUGGUUAGGUGAGUUUACUUGUCUAAUCUAACGUAAUGUAGUCUAACCAUUUAUGUGGCUCGCCAGGAUAGGUUAUUUUAAGUUAGUUUGCCAAAUCUAAUCAAACCUAACUUGAAUUAAACUAAUCAAACUUAACCUAUGCUGAAGUAACGUAGCCUGACGUGGCCCAUCUUGAGCACAGCUGACGUGUCUAAUCUCCCGGUGAUCCUUUCCAUUGUUCUGUGAAUGUCCAGUCAAGUCCCUUUGGAGUUUUUAUCACGUUUUGUGGAUCGACUUACUAUGUGUUGGAUCUCCACUGUCGUUGGGGAAAGGUGGAGAGCCGCCCCUACCCUCUCCCUGUGCCGCGGCAAGGGAAGGCAGGGCACGGGAGCCUCGCCACCGCCACGCCGCCACCACGCCAUUAAAACUAACGCCCCCAUCAGGCUAGCACGGGAGAGAAAAUUCCGCUUGAUAUUGUUGGCGCAAACUUUAAAGUAGGAUACGUAAAAAUUUUUGCCGGCCCGUUAUCACCGCGUGGCAUCCUGUUCUCGUCAGCGUCCGUGGUGUGCGCUGGCUGGCUGGCUGGCUGGCUGGCUGCCUCCUCCUCGCCGCUCUUGUUGAAAUUUUAACCACUUUAAACUAAAUAAUAUACAGACUGUUGUUCAUAUUUUAAGAUCAGAGUUCAGGAUUAUCGCUCGUUCACUGUUCUAACGUUAGCGUGUUUACCAAGUCGCCGCCGCAACGCCGAGGCCUCACCCAGCCGUCACCACAUCCGACACAGCCUCCGUCACCACCGCUACGCCGCCCCGCCACCCGAACCCGUACUCCGGCAGUGUGUUUCUGCGAGGUCCCCGGAAAAAGUGACGUUAUAUUUCCAUGCAAACUGUCCUCGUUGUCCUCGCUGUUCUCGUUGUCACAGGAGUAUAAAUAAAGGCAAGGAAAGGAGAUGUCAGUGUUGCCAUAUUGGACAAGGAAGCUACGGUGUUUUUUUGUGCAAGGGAGAAGGGUCCGUUUGCAUUUUGUCGCCGUACAGAAAAUGUGAAAGUAUAUUGCAACGUUUAAUUAAUGUAUAGAUCGCCUCGUGACAUGUAAUUAGGCUCCGACGUUGGUUGUUUUAAUCAAAUAUUAAAUUAUUGCAUAAAUUUACUCCGACAGACGAGGUAAUGUUGGGCUCGCAUUCUGACACACACACACAUGGAAAUUGCAACCUUUCUUGUAUACACGAUCAUAUACAAUCAGGAAAAUAAAAUGAAAAAAAGAAAAAAGAUACAACAGAAUAACAUUUGAUGGUUCAAAUCGCACCUUUUUCUAAGCAGUUCGUUUCGAAACAUUUGAAUCGCAUUCUGAAACGCUUCAUCUUGUCGAGACUAAUCUUAACAGGAGGAUAUCACUAGUUUUCAAUUAAGUUUUCAUGGUUCUAAUAAUAUCGUAGUAAGAAUCCUUCACCAUCAGUGAGGAAAAGGCUUAAAACACCAUUGAAGAUCUGACUAGCCAUUUACGUAAUCUCUUCGAAGCGUUUUAGAAGACAAGUCAUGUCACACUGUCUGGGGUUCGUGGGUCGUGUGUCGGGAUGUGAGGUGCUUGGUUCCGGAGCCAGUCAGUCACCGCCUCACUCGUGCAACAACUCACCCGUGCACCAUUCACUGCCGUGGGUCCUCAGAUCAGGGGGCCGUUCUUGACUUCCUGGGGGCUCUGUCAACUAAAAGUAAAGAUUUGUUUUAGUAAUAUCCUCUUUGCCAGUCUUCAUCCACACUUAAAGGGACAUUCUUAUCUUCCUAUCGUCCCUUAACAGAAUUAUACGAUUUGUUAAGAAGUAACCAUUUAUAACAUUCCACUUUAUUCAUACUCGGCCAGACUCACAGGUGGCUCAUUCGAAAGGGAUAUAUUUUUAGUUCCUGAGGUUUUUAACUCGCUAAAUGGGUGGCCUAGUAAAGAGAAUUGCCCCUUUAAGUCCGCCUACAUCCACCCGUGUGAGUCAGAGGCAUUCCUGAACACCGGAGCCUCUGAUCUUACCAAGCGAAUGAUCUAGUUUGGUUCUAUCGUCCCUUUCGUCCCCAAGCUCUCCUAUACUAAAGUGUUCCUGCUCUCAGUUCAAAAGCGUUAUGUUGGGUCUUUUUAACAUACAAAAUAGGCUGAGGCUCUAUUGACUUACAAAGAGGAUGAUUUGGUUCAGAUUUACCUCCUCUUUCAUCCUUUACCCUUUAUCCCUACUCAGUUACUCAGUCAAUUUGAGAUUCUUUUAUAUACAAACAAGAUUGAGGCUUUAUUAACUUGCAAAGAUGUGAGGAAAUCUCGCCCCAGUGGCUACCUCCUCACCUCCCCCAGCCAAUCUCCCUUCCUCCCCGCGGCCCGGCCCAGCGGCGACGUGACAGGCAGCUCUUCACUCCACUUUCUCUACUUGAGCAAUAAUCAAUCGACAUGUUGUAUCGUCAACCUCUCGCUAGUUCACCGCUGUUUUCGUUCUUCGUGACGUUUGUGAACAGAGUGAUGAAAGUAUAAGUCAAUGCAGAACAUAUAGUAGCGUCGCUUGGUGAUUUAUAAUGUGUGAGCCUCGCCCGCCUCCUGCUUCCUCCUUCCUCCUCCUCUUGUCGCGUCUUUAUUUAUGUUAAACACCCACUCGUGUAUCACAGUGGAUUGCCAGGUUAAUCAGAUACGCCGAGAUAAGAAAAACAACCAUAAGUAUUCACAGUAACAGUCCUUUAAAACUUUAUAAUAUCAAAGAUUCCUUUUUUUAAAGCUAGUGACUGUCGCGGGUUAGCUAAAAGACAUAACAUUGGCUUGGGAGUGUCACAUCCUUUAAAACUUCAAAGCAUCAAAGCUAAUAGGAUUUUAAACUCCAAGGAUUAUCUCUGGUUAGCUUGGCGUGAAACCUGUAUGCAGUUAAAAGACAGAACAUACUGGCCUUUACAUCCCGGCGUAAAGUUAAGACCUAGGAAAGACACCUUAUGGUAAUUCAAGAGUAUCAAAUCCUGUAUAACUUCAUGAUGUCAAUGUCAAGGAGGAUUAUAAUUGUUAGUAGUAAUAUGGAAAGAUAAAACAGAGGCCACGUAAUCAGUAUUUGAACGUUCACGAGGCCAAGAUCCCGCAUGGAAAUGGAGGGAGGGAGGCGGGACGGACGGCAAGGCAGUAGCGACAGCAAACUAAAAACAAUCAUCCUUUAUUGUUGAAAUGUCAGAAUAUUCAUGCACUCGACAUAGCAAUUAUUUCUUCCCCACCCCAGUUUUAUUAAAGGGCUAAACUCCCCACCCUCUCCUCCUCCCCCUCCUCCUCUUCCUCCUCCUGCUCCUCCUCCUCUUCCCCCAUUUGUUUUCCAUCCCUGCAUAAAACAUUUUGAAUUUUAUGGUUGAUGGUGAAUUCAUUGAAUUAUGGCUUUGGUGGUGUAAAGAGGCUUGCCCAUUUAUAACCAUCCGCUAGCCGUUUUUCCUUCGCUGACUUUUGUGUGGUGUACUCUUGAAUUUAUCCAUCUUUUUCCCCCCCAGGAGUAAUUAAUACUUGCCUGUAUAUGAAGUUAGAGUUCAUGAAUAUAUUCUUGGAACCCAA